CAUGUAGGUUACCCUUGGUCUCACAUGUUACUUCCUCAACUACUGGGAUCGAUGGCGCAUUGGACCGAAAGACACGGAAAUCUACAUCGUCGUUCUCUCUUUAGUUUCAAUAUUCCUGAGCAUCUUCUGUUUGUUCGUAUCCCUGAUUACGAUACCUCAGAGCAUCAACAUGCAUUUGCCAUUCUGGGUCGACUUCUUAUGGUCCGGCAUGUGGUUUGUUGCCUUUGGACUCCUCGUCAAGUACUUGAACGAUAUACAAGUCUGCGGGGCAGCAUUUACCUGGAGUGACAUACAAGACGGCGGGUUCUGCGGGAAAUGGAAAGCAGACUUGGCGUUUGCGUUCGUCGGUGCAAUGCUUUGGCUUGUGAGCUGUGCGUUGGGGUAUGCAGGAUACCGGCAGGUCAAACAGCAGGAGAUGAGCGAUGCUGUUGCCGAUGCCGAGAAGAAGGCUACUGCUGAGGCUGAGAAGAAGGCUACUGCUGAGGCCGAGAAGAAGGCCAAAGAGUCGCACAAGCCAAAGCACUCGGAUACCAGGUCUAUGUCUGCUGCUCAGGAGUAAGUCGGAGGAUUAAUUUUACUGCUAACUUUGCUAAUUUGGAGUAGGUGGAGAUAUAGAGUCGAACAGUAUCAUCGAUGAGACUUCCAGGCUUGAUCUACGUCGUGGUGUUGGCGAAAUGCGGUUAGUAUUUACGCGCAUGGUCAGGCGUCUACAGUCAUCGGAGAUGCAUCAAGAAUGCUCAUUGAAGGGGCAUUAUCAUAU